UUUCAAUAUAUUGUUAUUAUUUAUAUUGAUUUUUAAAUCUAUGGAAUGUCAUUGUUUAAUAUUACAGUAAUUAGCAAUUUCAAUUAAAUUGGAACAUCAACUGCAAUGUGGCAAGCCAGCAAGUUAUUUUUUAUGACACAGUAGAAGAGAAAGGGAUCCAGCGUUGUCGUUCAAUUCUGUUUUCGACCCGUAUUCUGCGUAUCAGUAUAUUAAAAGUUUGUGAUGAUAAACAACACAAGGCAAAUACAAACACGAUAAUGCUAUCACGGAUAUAAAGUGUAAAAACGUUAACCGCGCGAUAUAACUGUAAAAAUCAAAGAAAACCGUUAACAAAGAGAAAUAUGUUUACAUGUAAACAGACAUACUUUAAAAUAAUGUGAGCUUUAAAUGUUAGUGACUAAAAAUAAAAAUUUAAAGAUACAAUACAAUGCCGUCCGCUUUAUAUGCUUCUUUAUAUAAGCAUUGUGCGAUUCGAAAAAGGCAAAUUGUGUUAACAUGUUUCGAAGUGAUUGUACCAAUUCUUACUAUUGCAUUUAUCGUUUUCGCAAGAUCACAAAUCCCAGGUUUUCAUAAAAUAUAUGUGAAUACUACAACAUGGGUUGAUCCGAUUGAUGAAAUUUCCUUGAAAAGUCGCCUCGGAAUCGAUGAAUUGAGCAUAUAUUACACACCAAUGAAUAAUUUUACUUUUAAUUUAAUAAGAAAAAUGCAAUUGAAAUUAGAUUUAUAUAACCAUCAUAUUAGUGGAUUUCCAAAUCAAAAUAUACUCUUUAAUUAUUAUAAUAAGAAUCCGAGCACUGGUACAAAUGUGGUUAUUGUGUUUGAUGAUGUAAACGGGCCUUCUGUGCCAAAGGAAUUUCAAUAUAAUCUCAAAAUUUACAAGGAUUUUAUCGAAUGGAAUACCGAUGAUCUUUUUAUCGAAUCAAAUUCUUACUCACCAGGAACUGGUUCUAUAAAUUAUAUUGAAAAUGGCUUUCUCCCAAUACAAUAUGCAAUUGAAUUGUCUUUCAUAGAAAUUGUUACUGGAAAACCAUUGGAUACCCAAUUUAAAUUUGAAGAAUUCCCAUAUCCACCACAUUCAAUUGAUUCUGGAAUGAAUGAAGUUUUCAUUAAGGCACUUCCAUUGGUGACCAUUUUAUCAUUUCUUUUUAUUUGUUCUUCUGUACUGAACAAUAUCGUCCAAGAAAAAUCCCAAGGAAUGAAAGAAUUAAUGAAAAUUAAUGGUUUAAAAAAUUGGUCGUUAUUUUUGGGAUGGUUUUUGAACGGAUUUUUAUUGAACCUCAUAUCAAUUAUUGCAAUUAUCAUUUUGUUAAAAUGCAAAUUGUGGGAGGUAAAAACUGCUCCUCUUGAACAUUGUCAUUGGCUGAUUAUUGGAUUGCUAUUAAUUUUGUAUUGUUCAGCGACAAUUAGCUUUUUCUUGAUGUUUAGUACAUUAUUUAAUAGAGCGACUUUAGCAAGUAUAUUAAGUAUUGUAGCGUGGUUGGCUGGAUUUAUAAUAUUCACAUCAAUUGGUCAUGGGGCUUUAUUAAAAUUAGGUUUCAAAAGAUUAUUUGUAUUAUUGCCUAACGUCGCUUUAUAUUAUGCAUACGAAAUAAUAGCUGCGUUUGAAACCCGUGAGGUAAGCUUGAACUUGGCCAACAUUUUUGAUUCACCCUCUGAAAGCUCUCAAGAUGUAUCAAUGGGAGCACUAUUGCUUUAUCUGUUAGUUGAAACUUUUAUUUAUUUUCUUUUGGCGUUAUAUUUAGAUCAAAUUUUACCAGGACCAUAUGGGAUAUCGAAACCAUGGCAUUUUUUAAUUUCGGAAGAAAUCUUAAAAAAAUCUAAUAGUGUUGGAAAUGUAGCGUCUACAUCUGAAAAUAGUGAUGCAAUUGAAAUGUUGAAUGUCGAUAAUAGUAACGUAAUGAUUCGCGUUUAUAAUUUAACGAAAGAAUACGAUAAUGUUACCGCUGUUAAAAAGUUAAAUAUAGAUGUUUAUAAAGGGACAGUUACAAGUUUGUUGGGUCGUAAUGGCGCUGGAAAGACCACAACAAUGUCCAUGAUGACUGGGAUGAUCCAUCCAACAUCUGGAGAUGUCUUUGUUGACGGCGUGAGCAUUCUUAAACAUUCAGAAAAAGCAAGAAAAUUAAUGUCUAUUUGUCCCCAACACGAUUUAUUAUUUAAAGAAUUAACUGUUUGGCAACAUUUGAUUUUAUUUGGAUUGUUGAGAGGAUCAUCUAAAAGAGAUUGUGAAUUACAAGCUAUGGAUCUAUUGAAAAACAAACUGUAUUUAUGGGAAAAACAAAAUGAGUUGGUCAGUAAACUAUCUGGUGGAAUGAUGAGGAAAGUUGCUUUGGGUAUUUCUUUAAUGGGAAAUCCAAAGUUGCUCAUAUUGGAUGAACCUACAGCUGGAAUCGAUGUAGAAGCACGUCGAGAAAUUUGGGAUUUAAUCCUCAGCUACAAAAAUUCACACACAAUCCUCUUAAGUACCCAUUUCUUAGAAGAAGCUGACGAACUUUCCGAUAGAAUCGCUAUAAUGGACAGGGGAACACUUGUAUCUUAUGGCACUUCUAUGUUUUUAAGAAACAAAUACAAUGUAGGAUACAUUUGCACUUGCGUGGUUGUGGAUGAAACAAAAAUCGAAGGUGUUGUAAGUGCCAUUAAAGCAUUUAUACCAGAAGCAACCAGAUUAACGCAAGAAGAUGUCAUGUGCAAAGCUACUUCGAAGGAUGUUGUUGAGUUUGCUUUACCAAGUAAUAUGAAACAUAAAUUUCAUCAUCUUUUGGCUCAAAUACACGGUCAAAAAUUAGAAUUGGGUAUUAAAAGUAUCAAGUUUAGUAAUACUACUCUUGAGGAUGUUGUUUUGAAGGUAAUGUUUGGGACUCAACAAGAUCAAAGUAAUUCACCUAAGAGUGUUGAUAAUCCUGAUCAUGGAAAAUCGAAAAACAAAGCGGUUGAUUUGGCGACUAUAGAUAAACCAGACUUCGCCAAAUACAGAGAAAAAUUUACUGCCCAAGCAGAGAGGGCAACACAAAAUAAACAGACUAAAGAAGUAGUCACAUUUAUCAAAAAGCUUUGGUUCUUAGCUAAAAAUCAUUAUAAUUUCUUAAAGAAAUCGUAUAUUUAUUGUUUUUUUAUGCUUUUAAUUUGCUUUAUGUUCGGAGCAAUAACAAUGAUUGCAAGCAAAAUGGGUCAACGCAACGUUUCCAAUGAUGGAACAACAUUUGAAUUAUCUCUAGCGCAAUAUGACAAUACUCACGUUUACUUUUCUAUUGAUGGUGCAAAAGACGGAAGAUUGAGUAAUGUUUAUCAUGAUGUUGUUGCAUCCGUUGGUAGUAUUCCAUUACGUGUUAGCAGCGCUAUUGAUGAAAUUGUUAAAAUGGGAAUUGAAAAUAUCGUCUUUUAUAAACGUUGGAUGAUUGCAGCAACUGAAUUUAAAUUAGAUAACGACGAAAUAAAAAAUGUUAAAGUUUUAUAUUCAAAUAAUGCUCAUCAUGGAGCACCUAUUUCUUUAAAUCUGGCAACAAAUACAAUUCUAAAAUAUAUAACUGGAGAUGAUGAAUAUUGGAUUUCCGCUUUAAAUACACCUUUACACUCUGCCAAACAAUCGUACAUUGAAGUACAACAAUCAUCAAGUGCAAAUAUGUUAUUAUGGUUCUUUUUAUUACCGUUAGGUCCACUGUUUUUAAUGAGUACAACAUUACUUUAUCCAACAUACAUGCAUUUAAAUGAAAUAAAUGUUUUACAAAAACUUUGUGGUGUUCCCACUUGGUUGUAUUGGAUUAUAAAUUAUAUAGUUGAUUUUGUGCUUGUGUCAUUCAGCAGUUUAGUUUUGAUUGCUAUAUUAUUACUGGUUAAUAUAAACACUAAAUUUGCCACAACUCAUCAAACAUUUGAAUUGUUCAGUAUUUUGGUUCUCUAUUGCACAACAAAUUUGCCAUUUGGAUAUUUGUUUACGCGCAUGAAAUCGGUUGAAACGGCAAUCUUUCGUUAUGUAACGUUUUCGCUACUUUUGGGGAUUGGAUUUGGGGCUGCUUUACUUAUUGCAGAAACUAUUGAAGCAACGUCUCUUUGGACGUUUAUUUUUGAAUGCUGCGUCGUGUUAGUCCCACAAGCAAGUUUAACGUAUCUUUUGGGCAGUUUUGCUGUAAAAGUCGUUGAGGUACAUAAUUGGGAUAUUAAAUCUGAAGAUGAAGUUGAUUAUCUUUGUAAAUUGAAUCAUAUGCCAUGUUGUGAUCCAAAUUCGGCAGAGUGUGUUGCUUGGAAAAGCGCUAUGACUUUUGGAGUUGAUAUGAUAAUUGCUCAACUUGCAAUAUCAUUUAUGUACUUUCUUAUCCUCCUUAUAAUGUAUUCUGGAUUUGGAUCUGAUUAUAUUUUUGAUAUGCUUGAUACUAAGUUGACACCAAGUUGUGUAUCUAGCUUUCAAGAAAGACCUCAAAAUUCUAAUGAUGAUACUAUUGGACUACAAUCUGUUUCUGUAACAAAUCCUGUUACAAUUAAAUCUUAUAAAUCUUCAGAUGAUAACACUGAUAAUAAGGAUCUUCAAUCUGUGUCAGUAUCUGAUUCACUUAAUGUUAAAAUUAAACCAAGUAAAUCUGGCGAUAAUACUGAUUAUCCAGGUAAUCAAACUGACAAGCAUCUAUUAAAAGUAAAAGGAAUUUCAAAGAAAUACUUAUGUUCCGGUUGGAAAUUUUGGAAAUGGCAUUGGAUUCGUCCAGUGACCAAUUUAGAAUUUAACGUCGCCAAAAACGAAUGUUUCGGGUUAUUAGGCGUAAACGGCGCGGGUAAAACGACAACAUUCCGUAUUUUAACGAACACAAUCAAACCAAGUUGCGGAAGAAUUCAGUACACUGGUAAACAAUCUAGAUUAAUCAUGGGAUAUUGUCCGCAAAAGAGCGCUCUUAUCGAACGAUUUACUGUGUAUGAAUUGCUUGAGACUUUUGCAAAUUUAAGUAACGCUCCAGUUACUAAAAACGAUUUAGAAGGAUUACUAGCAGGAUGUGGUUUAUCGAACUACAUAAAUGUUCCAUGCGGAACGCUAAGCGGUGGUAAUAAACGCAAAUUGAAUAUGGCUGUUGCUUUUGUGGCCAAUCCUGAAUUAUUACUCUUGGAUGAACCUACAACUGGCGUUGAUUUGGUUGCGCGGAGAGAACUUUGGAGAAUUAUUGAAAUGUUUAAAAAAAAUUCUAGUGUAAUUUUAACAUCUCAUAGUAUGGAAGAGUGCGAGGCUCUUUGUGAUAAAAUUGCGGUUAUGAAAAGUGGAACAAUUAAAGCAAUGGGGAAAAUAUCCGAUUUAAAAAAAGAAUAUUGUGUUGGUUAUAUAAUUAAAAUUGAGUUUCAAAUUAUGGAUAAAGAUGAUAUGGGGGCGCAUCAAGAUGAAGUAUUUAAAGAACUUUACAUUGAGUUCGGUUUAGGGGAUGAAAGAAAUGUUGUUGAAAAAGAAAGAUGUUUUAAUACAUUGCAAGUUCAAGUGAAACAUUCAACUUGGGAGGAUAUCUUUUUAUUUAUGGAAAGAUUAAAAGGGCGGAAUCAUGAUUUGGGUAUAUCAGAUUAUUUUGUUAAAGAAGUUUCUUUUGAAGAUGUCUUUUUAACAAUAGCUAAUACAGCUGAUUUAAGUGUGUAAUGAUUAAAAAAUAUUGUUUAAUUUUAAUUACAAUGAUAUUCACUGGUUAUAAUUUGAUUAAGUCUAAUCAGUAUUAUACAUUAGCUUUUACACGGAAUAAAAAUUAGUUUAAAAAAA